GAGAGGCAUGUUCUGAUGCGGGCGGGUGCACCGUUCAAGAUUGCCCUGUUUGCUGACCUGCAUUUUGGAGAGAACGCGUGGACAGAGUGGGGUCCAGUUCAAGAUAUAAACUCCAUCAAGGUCAUGAAUACGGUGCUCGACGAUGAAACUCCAGAUUUUGUAAUAUAUCUUGGUGAUGUCAUUACGGCUAACAAUAUGACGAUUGCAAAUGCAAGCUUGUAUUGGGAUCAGGCAACCUCUACAGCAAGAAAUAGGGGCAUACCUUGGGCCAGUGUAUUUGGAAACCAUGAUGAUGCUCCAUUUGAGUGGCCAUUGGAGUGGUUCUCUCCACCUGGAAUUCCUCAAAUGCGUUGCCCUCAAGCCGGAACUUCAUAUUCAGGAGAACAAGAAUGUAGCUUCAAAGGAACAGGAAGAUUGGAGCUGAUGAAAAAUGACAUCAAGAACAAUGCAUCGUAUUCUGGCUAUGGUCCUAGAAAUCUUUGGCCAAGUGUAUCCAACUAUGUCCUUCAAGUUUCAUCACCUGAUGAUCCACAAUCACCGGUGGCUUUCCUUUACUUUCUUGAUUCUGGUGGUGGUUCCUAUCCUGAAGUCAUAUCUAGUAGCCAGGCACAAUGGUUUUCGCAGAAAGCUGAAGAAAUUAACGCUGACUCAAGUGUUCCAGAGAUUCUUUUCUGGCAUAUUCCAAGUACGGCCUUUGAGGUGGUGGCUCCCAACAUUAGCAUACAAAAGCCUUGCGUGGGUUCAAUCAACAAGGAAAGUGUUGCUCCUCAAGUAGCUGAAACGGGUAUCAUGGAUCUUCUUGUGAACAGAACUUCUGUCAAGGGAAUAUUUGUUGGACACAACCAUGGAUUGGACUGGUGCUGCCCAUACAAGAAACUAUGGUUAUGUUAUGCUAGGCACACUGGCUAUGGUGGCCAUGGAACUUGGCCUAGAGGAGCUCGAAUAUUAGAGAUAACUCAAAAGCCCUUUUCUCUUCGAUCUUGGAUAAGGAUGGAGGAUGGCCAAAUGCAUAGUGAAGUAGUGUUGAUGAGGUCAAAGUCAUUACAUAUAAAAAGUGCAGCUACUAAAUUUGUAAAUGUAUUCAUUGUAAUUAUCUUCAGCUAUAUAGCUAGCAUACAUGUGGGGAUGUAGAUAUUCAACUAAUGGCC